CUCAUCAGCCGGCGAAACUGCAUACAACCCCGCCAUGAAUGGGCUUGAAGCUGCCCAAACAGGUGUACGAUCGGCUGCAGUGGACUACCGGCCGGCUCUUUUUCAAUUGAAGGUUACAUACAGCUUCGUACCUGAGCGAACCACGGACUACCCACCAUGCUCGCCCGUUGCUACCUGAGGGCAGCCACAAUCGGCUUUUGCUCUCUCGUGCUUUUUCUGGCAAGCGGUUACAUGAUCCGUAGAGAGCUGCUAGUGUCGUUAUGGUGAGUGGACAAUUGUUCAUGCUUGAUUGCUUUUAAAUCCCAUGCACGCCCGUCCCUGCAGAGUCGCUCCAGAGGUGUCUCAUUGCCUUUUUACCUCAGUCUCGAUCCUUCACCUCAGCGGCCGAUAAUUGCCGAGCAUCUUCAUCCAGCCGGCGGUCUCAAGAUGAAGGCAAAUGCUCUACUAUCGAGUCUGCUGCUUGUACCCUGCCUUGCCGCGGCUCAGACGACAACAGCGGGUUCCGGCAAUGCCACGACCACAACGUUCGCUGCUCAGUUUACUGUGCCUGCAGCUGCCGACGAAGGAGCGCUUCUUCUGCCGAAUGUUUUCGACCCAACAGCUAUCAACGCCCAGAUUGCAUGUCCGGGCUACAAUGCGAGCAGUGUCAAGACCUCUUCGACUGGUUUGACGGCGCAUCUGACGUUGGCGGGAACUGCUUGCAAUGCGUAUGGUACGGACAUUCAUGAUCUGAACUUGACAGUCGAGUAUCAGACCGACUCCCGCCUGCACAUCAACAUUCGGCCUUCGAAUAUUGCUUCUCAAAAUCAAAGCUGGUAUCUCCUCUCGACGGACUAUGUGCCUGCCCCAAGCCAGGAAAAUGGGCAAAUGACCACCAGUGAUCUCACAUUCUCCUGGUCCAACUCGGUGAAGACCGGUUUCGGGUUCAAUGUGACUCGAAACAGCACAGGCGAUGUCCUUUUCUCCACCACUGGGACCAAGCUAGUCUUUGAGAGCCAGUUUAUUGAGCUGGUAACCCAGCAGGAGGAGAACUACAAUCUGUAUGGGCUUGGAGAGGUCAUCCAUGGCCUCAGAUUGGGAAACAACCUCACGCGGACGAUCUACGCUGCCGACAGUGGUGAUCCGAUAGAUUACAACAUCUACGGUAGUCAUCCAUUCUACUUGCAGACCAAGUAUUUCGAGGUUGGCAAUGGCAACAGCUCAACACCGGUUACUCAACCGCUGGACACCACAAAUGCUACUGGGAACUACACCUCUUCGUCUCAUGGAAUUUACUUCCGCAAUGCUCAUGGUAUGGAAAUCCUGAUGCGACCUACAAAUGUCACGUGGAGGACUCUGGGUGGCAGCAUCGAUUUGUACUUCUUCUCUGGGCCUGCCCAAACGGACGUUACCCAUCAAUAUCUUGACGUUAUUGGAAAGCCGGCCCUUCAAAACUACUGGGGCUUCGGCUUCCAUCAAUGCCGAUGGGGUUAUGAGAAUUGGACUGUUACAGAAAACGUGGUGAAUAACUAUGCCAAAUUCGAGAUCCCGCUGGAGACCAUCUGGAACGAUAUCGACUAUAUGUUCCAGUACCGCGACUUCGACAACGACCCUAUUCGUUUCAAUUAUUCUGACGGCACUGCCUUUCUGAAUCGACUCCACAGCAAUGGUCAGCACUAUGUUCCCAUCAUCGACAGCGCUAUCUAUAUUCCCAAUCCUGCUAAUGCGAGCGAUGCAUAUUCCGUUUUUAAUUCUGGAAAUCAAACCAACUCAUUUCUGCUCAACCCGGAUGGCUCGUUGUAUAUUGGUGAAGUCUGGCCUGGAUAUACCGUCUUCCCAGACUGGCUCGCCGCUUCCGCUCAAACAUGGUGGAAGAACGAAAUGGCCGCCUGGAUCCAAAAGCUACCCAUCGACGGCGCCUGGAUCGAUAUGAGCGAAGUUUCUUCAUUCUGCGUAGGCAGCUGUGGUACUUACAAUCUAUCUCUGAAUCCUGUUCAUCCUGGGUUCCUCCUACCUGGUGAGCCAGGAGACGUCAUCUACGAUUAUCCAGAAGGAUUCAACAUCACCAACGCCACAGAAGCGGCUUCUGCCUCCUCUGCAUCGAUGGCGCAGGCUGACGCUACGUCGACUGCCACCAACACCGCAGCUGGGACCACAUCCAGCACCUCCACCAGCUACCUCCGCACGACGCCUACGCCGGGAUCACGCAACGUAAACCACCCUCCAUAUGUCAUCAACAACGUUCAGGGUGACUUGGCUGUCCAUGCCGUGGCACCAAAUGCUACGCACCAUAAUGGAAUUCAGGAAUAUGAUGUCCACAACCUCUUUGGUCACCAGAUUCUGCAAGCAACCUAUGCAGCUCUUGCAGCUGCAAAGCCAGGCCUUCGGCCAUUCAUCAUUGGCCGCUCGACGUUCCCAGGCUCUGGCACUGUUGCUGGACACUGGGGUGGAGACAAUGCUUCGAAGUUCUACUACAUGUACUUCUCCAUCCCUCAGGCCUUGAGCUUCAGCCUGUUCGGAAUACCAAUGUUCGGCGUGGACACUUGUGGUUUCAACAGCAACAGCGAUGAGGAGUUGUGCAACCGCUGGAUGCAAUUGAGUGCAUUCUUCCCCUUCUACCGCAACCACAACGUCCUCUCAGCGAACUCACAAGAGGCCUAUGUCUGGAGCAGCGUCAUCGAUGCCACUAAGACGGCCAUGAACGUGCGCUUCCAGCUUCUGCCAUAUAUCUACACACUGUUCUACAACGCACAUACCUCUGGUGACACCGUCAUGCGUGCUCUUGCAUGGGAAUUCCCCAACGACCCAUCGCUCGCCGACGCUGAUCGACAAUUCUUCCUCGGCCCGUCGAUCCUCGUCACUCCAGUGCUCACACAGGGCGCCACUUCCGUCGAUGGCGUCUUCCCAGGUCUCGUUGAGAAGACGGACGUCUAUUACGACUGGUACAACAAGACGCCCGUCAGCGUGCCGUCGAGCAAGAACACCACCAUCGCUGCUCCGCUGAGCCAUAUCCCCGUUUACAUUCGCGGAGGGGCGAUUUUGGCCACUCAGCAGAUGGCUAUGACCACCCGCGAUGCAAGAAACACGUCGUGGUCUAUCAUUGUGGCACCCGGCGUCAAUGGUACGGCUACCGGGUCGUUGUACCUUGAUGACGGUGAGUCGGUGCAGCCCAAUGCCACCAAGCUGGUCACCAUGUCCGCGGCCAUGGGAUCGCUGAAUGUCACUGUGUCCGGAUCAUAUACCGGUCUUGACUUGCCUUUGGCGAAUAUCACGAUUCUCGGCGUGACGCAGGCGCCGCCGAGUAAUGUCGUUAUGAUCAAUGGAGAUGUCGUGGCGAAUAGUACUUACAAUGCCACGAGCAAGAGCUUGUUCAUUGGUGGAUUGGAGAAGGCAUUGGGUGGGAAUGUCUGGGGUGGGAACUGGACGCUUUCGUGAUAUAAUGUCUCACCGUAGGAGGUCUGGAGAGUCCUCGAAAAAUAAAGCUCCCGCACGGGUCGGAGUUGACGGAGUGGGUGAGAUUAAGUUACUUAGGGCGCCCGAUAGCCGAGCACUCUUAUGACAACAUCACUUGAUCAAACAAAACAGUAUCAGUCGUUUAACAC